GAAACGCAAACACUUGAAGAGUUUCGUCCGCAGCCAAUCAUCGACACAAUCUCAGAAAUGCCCAGGCUGAACUGCAAGUACAGAGGCUCGGCGUGGGAGGAGGCGCUUGGAAGCGAAACACGGCGAAAUAAUAACAAGUUUGCCCGUCAGACGGUGUUUUGAGGCUACGUACGAUAUACCGCAGCGUUGGAUUUGGCAGUACCGAGUGGUCCAGUCUGGAUGGUGGAGACGAAGGCGACGCGCAACUUUAAAGAGUCGAGGGCCCGGUCUACAUUGAGUGUUGCGGGGGCUGGUCCAGAACACACCGCCCGCCUGCUAGUCUGUGUUUUUCCGGAAAGGUUGGCAUCGCUGGGCGCGACUGUCAACACAGAAAAUGAAAGAAGGAAAGUUUAUUACAGAAAAGACUGUUUAGCCUGCUGUCUUAGCCGCAUUAGCUAAAGUCAAAGCUGAUUUGAUAGCACCCACCUGUCUCCUCGGAGCGACAAUUUUUGGGUAUUUCGGAAGUUUAACAACCGCAAACGCAUUGAGAGACAUUUGCAACAAUACCCUCGGGGAUAUUUACUAAAGGAUAAUGCUGACAAUUUGAUAGGCGGUUGUGGUGCGGUGCUGACGGACUCGGGCGCCAUCACAUCAUUGCGUUCGUAAAAUAAAAACGCUGCGUAUUUUGGCUUUUUUUUCGUGAUACUUCGUCAUCAAGAACAAAACAGUGGUGCCAUUUUUUUCCUCUACUCGCGAAAUGCCUCCCAUGACAACGCUCCUGAUAUGUCAGUAAGAAUCGAAGACGUUUUGAUAAAAUGAACGCAGCAAGGUGUUCGACAGUGGGGGUGCACUGCUUGGAAAAGCUGGUCGUUCUUCGAAGAGCGCCUAUGGCCGUUUUACAGUAAAAGUUUGUUGAAAUAUAUGUCGUUACGUUGGCCGUGGUUUAGCUCGACGUGAACUAUUAUUUUAUUUGACAAGACGACGUUCCGAGGUGUCGCCGAGAGUUGCCUCGAGCUAGCCAGCUGCGUGCUCGAAACUGCGAUGUGUUUGAUCCUUUGAGCGCUGCAACGAUUUCAGCAAACUGGACUGCCGAUUGUGGACAUUUAACAUCACCAAAGGUGCCAUCUUCACACCCUCAAAGUGCUCCUUGGGAAAAAUCUGGCUAACUUGUCAAGCUAACGUUGCAAGUUUGGCCAGCCAUGUCUGAAAACGCCCCCACGCGAAGCCUGGAUGACAUCGACCUGGCAGCUCUGAGGGAUCCUGCAGGAAUUUUCGAGCUGGUUGAGGUGGUCGGCAAUGGGACAUAUGGGCAGGUAUACAAGGGCCGCCAUGUUAAGACGGGCCAGCUAGCGGCCAUCAAGGUGAUGGAUGUUACAGAAGAGGAAGAGGAGGAGAUCAAAGCUGAAAUCAACAUGCUGAAAAAAUACAGCCACCACCGCAACAUAGCCACAUAUUACGGUGCCUUCGUCAAGAAGAGCCCACCAGGACACGAUGACCAGCUUUGGUUGGUGAUGGAGUUCUGCGGGGCUGGCUCGGUGACUGAUUUGGUGAAAAACACAAAGGGCAGCUCUCUGAAGGAGGACUGGAUAGCGUACAUCUGCAGGGAAAUCCUAAGGGGCCUUUCCCACCUUCACGCCCAUAAAGUCAUCCAUCGAGAUAUCAAGGGCCAGAAUGUUCUUCUCACAGAGAACGCAGAGGUCAAACUUGUUGAUUUUGGAGUUAGUGCUCAGUUGGACAGGACUGUGGGGCGUCGAAACACCUUCAUUGGUACGCCUUACUGGAUGGCGCCGGAAGUCAUUGCCUGCGAUGAGAACCCCGACUCGACCUACGACUACAGGAGUGACAUCUGGUCCUUGGGAAUCACCGCCAUUGAAAUGGCCGAAGGAGCCCCACCACUGUGUGACAUGCAUCCAAUGAGAGCGCUCUUCCUGAUUCCCAGGAAUCCCCCUCCGAAACUUAAAUCAAAAAAGUGGUCCAAGAAAUUUAUCGACUUUAUUGAGGCCUGCCUUGUGAAGACGUAUCCCAGCCGACCAUCCACAGAGCAGCUGCUCAAGCACUCCUUCAUCAGGGACCAGCCUACUGAGCGCCAGGUCCGGAUUCAACUGAAGGACCACAUUGACCGUACGCGCAAAAAAAGGGGAGAGAAAGAGGAGACAGAGUAUGAGUACAGCGGUAGUGAUGAAGAUGAUGAAAAUCGAAGCGACGACAGAGAGUCAAGCUCAAUCCUCAAUGUGCCGGGAGAGUCCACCCUGCGUCGGGACUUCCAGCGUCUCCAACAGGAGAACAAGGAGCGGUCGGAGGCUCACAAGAGGCAGCAGGCCCAGUUGGCCGCUCAGCGCAGAGACCCCGAGGAGCACAAGAGGCAACUGCUGCAUGACAGACAGAAACGCAUUGAGGAACAAAAAGAGCAGCGCCGACGACUGGAAGAGCAACAGAGAAAGGAGAGAGAGAUGGUGAGGCAGCAAGAAAAAGGUCCCCAUCGGAGACUCGACGAUAUGAGACGGGAGGAAGAUAGAAGGUUGGCUGAAAGAGAGCAGGAGUUUAUAAGACAUAAAUUAGAAGAAGAGCAGCGGCAGCUAGAAAUCCUUCAGCAGCAGCUGCUUCAGGAGCAGGCACUGCUUAUGGAGUAUAAACGUAAGCAGCUGGAGGAGCAGCGUCAGUCCGAGCGGCUGCAGAGGCAGCUUCAACAGGAGCACGCUUACUUGGUGUCUCUGCAGCAACAGCAACAGGAAAAGAAGCCCCAACUCUAUCACUAUAACAAGAACUUGGAGCCCAACAACAAACCCACAUGGGCCCGUGAGGUGGAGGAGCGAAGUAAACUCAACAGACAGGGCUCUCCGAAGAUUUGUACCACUGUCUCUGACACCGCCAUCCAGUCACGCUCAGACUCAAUCAGUCAGUCCGCAGGGGCCCAGUCUGCUCAGACCCCCCCGAUGCAGAGACCUGUUGAACCUCAAGGAGGACAGGGCAAGUUCCAGAUGGCUCACUUGGUUCCACUAAAGCCUUAUGCUGCCCCUGUCCCACGCUCCCAGUCUCUCUGCGACCAGCCUACUAAGACCAUGUCCGCAUUCCCUACCCAGGACCCCUCCCUCACCCCCACGCCCCGACCCAUCCACACCAGAGAGCUGGUGCGUCAGAACUCAGACCCCACGUCUGAGACCCCUGCACCACAGGCACACCAAAUUAGAGAGGACCGUGGGCCCUGGAUCCGCUUGCCAGAUGUGGAACUCCCACCCAAGAUUCCCCAGAGAACAGCAUCGAUUGCCACAGCUCUCAACACUAACCUGACCUCCGGCAUUAGGCAUCCAGUGAGAGCCAGUAAUCCAGAUCUCAGCCGAAACGAUCGCUGGGAGAGAGCCGAUAGUAUUGGCAUCAUAUCUAAUCUGCCACAGACGGGCUCAUUGGAGAGGCAUCGCAUCCUCAGUUCCUCCAAAAUGGAGUCACCCGUUCUAUCUCAUGAUAGUCGUCAGAAGCCGGGGGAGUCUCGCACCUCUUCUCGCCCGGGGCGUCCUGCUAGUUACAAGAGAGCUAUAGGAGAGGAUCACGGCCUCUUUGCCAAAGAGCGUGCUGAGGAACAGCCGAGACCCCCGGUCAAGGCCAAUGAUUAUUCUUCCUCCUCGGAGAGUAGUGAGAGUAGUGAGGAGAGCGAAAACGGAGAGGGAGUAGAAGAGGAGGAAAGUCCCACGGAUCGUCACAGGGACGCAGACACCGAUUCAGUCAACACCAUGGUGGUUCAUGAAGACGAGGGCGAGGAGGCAGAAGUAGAGCAAGCUGGAGGUUAUGGAGAUCAGACCAUGUUGGUGCAAAGGACCCCUGAGAAGCGCAGCCACAACGGAUACACCAACUUACCAGAUGUGGUGCAGCCCUCCCACUCCCCCACUGACUCUGCUCCUCACUCCUCGCCUGGGAAGGACUCGGUGUAUGAUUAUCAGUCCAGAUGUUUAGUCAAGGCACCUGGCAAGUCCUCCUUCACCACCUUUGUGGAUCUUGGAAUGUACCAGACACCGGGAGGUACCGGGGAUAACAUUUCUGUUACCAGCUCAAGAUUUGAACAGCUGAAGAUGGAGGUGAGGAAAGGUUCCAUGGUGAAUGUGAAUCCCACCAACACACGCCCCCCUACUGACACACCUGAGAUCCGAAAGUACAAGAAGAGGUUCAACUCUGAGAUCUUAUGUGCAGCGCUUUGGGGGGUGAACUUGUUGGUGGGGACGGAGAAUGGUUUGAAGUUGCUCGACCGCAGUGGACAGGGCAAAGUUUAUCCACUUAUCAACUCGCGCAGGUUCCAGCAGAUGGAUGUUUUAGAGGGCCUUAACCUGCUCAUCACCAUUUCAGGCAAGAAAAACAAGGUGCGCGUCUACUACCUGGCCUGGCUGAGGAAUAAGAUCCUCCAUAAUGACCCUGAAGUGGAAAAGAAGCAAGGCUGGACCACCGUGGGUGAGAUGGAGGGCUGCGUACACUACAAAGUGGUGAAAUAUGAGAGGAUCAAGUUCCUGGUGAUUGCUUUGAAGAAUGCCGUGGAAGUGUAUGCUUGGGCGCCCAAGCCUUAUCACAAAUUCAUGGCCUUCAAGUCAUUUGCAGACCUGCCACACCGGCCUGUCCUUGUGGACCUGACUGUGGAGGAGGGUCAGAGGUUAAAGGUCAUCUACGGUUCCUGUGCUGGCUUCCACGCCAUCGACGUGGACUCCGGAAACAACUACGACAUUUACAUCCCGGUUCAUGUGAGUUGUUCGGCUUUCGAGGAGCGCCGGCGCGGGAGAUUUGGAAACCACUCGGGAUUCGCUUUUGCUCCCAAACAGAUCCAGAGCCACGUGACGCCGCACGCGAUCGUGUUCCUGCCCAGUUCCGACGGCAUGGAGAUGCUUCUGUGCUACGAGGAUGAAGGCGUCUACGUCAACACUUACGGACGCAUCAUCAAGGAUGUGGUCCUGCAGUGGGGAGAAAUGCCCACAUCUGUUGCUCACAUCUGCUCCAAUCAGAUCAUGGGAUGGGGAGAAAAAGCCAUUGAGAUCCGUUCUGUGGAGACGGGCCACUUGGACGGCGUCUUCAUGCACAAGAGAGCUCAGAGGCUGAAGUUCCUUUGUGAGAGGAAUGAUAAGGUGUUCUUUGCCUCAGUGCGGUCAGGCGGCAGCAGCCAGGUGUACUUCAUGACCUUGAACAGGAACUGCAUCAUGAACUGGUGAAGGGACAGCUGCUCUGCUCGCGAUGGAGCCAGCAGGAUUUGGAAGUGGAAGUGCAUCCAACAUUCUCUGACACACACACACACACACACACAC